UCAGUAAGUGGCUCGCUCCUCGCGCAUCUCACUGCGAACCCGCUUAAGACUUGGUUUUUACAAUUGAAAACCCUUUCUGUUAGCUUCGAAACAAUAUCUUGUAUAUUAAACUUCUAGCUCUGGUGAAAGAAGGUUGAAAACGGUUCAGUGCACUGCAGCAGACGGUCUUCAUGAUGUCAUCGUAUUAUCAUACGGGGAAAGAGCUGGACAUGGCGGCGAUGACGGAACCGCUCUGCUUGGAAAGAGAUGUUUGCAGAGUGAUAGAAUUGCUGGACAGGCUUCAAAGAAGCGGUGAACUUCCGCCUCCCAAACUCCAGGCUCUACAGAGAGUUUUACAGAGCAAGUUCUGUGCUGCCAUCCGAGAGGUCUAUGAGCAGCUUUAUGAUACAUUGGACAUUGUAGGUGGGCAAGAGGUCCGAGCACAAGCCACUGCAAAGGCCACAGUAGCAGCGUUCGCAGCCAGUGAAGGCCAUGCACACCCAAGAGUGGUCGAACUCCCUAAAACAGACGAGGGGCUUGGGUUCAACAUCAUGGGUGGAAAAGAACAAAACUCUCCCAUCUACAUCUCCAGGGUCAUCCCAGGGGGUGUUGCUGACCGACAGGGUGGUCUGAAGAGAGGAGACCAGCUGCUCUCUGUUAAUGGAGUGAGUGUGGAGGGAGAACAUCAUGAGAAAGCUGUAGAGCUGCUAAAGGCAGCGCAGGGUUCAGUGAAGCUGGUGGUGCGUUACACACCUAAGGUCCUAGAAGAGAUGGAAGCCAGAUUUGAGAAGAUGAGGAGUGCCAGGAGACGCCAGCAACAUACCAGCUACUCGUCUUUGGAGUCCAGGGGAUAACCAGUCUCAACCUCUGACUGACCUUCUGAUCCAUUCUCCCACCCUCUCUGCUCCUAUAGGAUGACAGAAGACCCAGAGGAGAUCAGUGUAGACUACCCUUAGCUAUUUAUAUGUUAGUGGAAUGAUCUCAAAACAUGUAGACCUCAAAUAUACUAUUUUCCCUGGCCAUGCAGGGGGAGAGACUGUAUAGUGCAUCUGUGUUCUUAGGUGGACCCUGCACCCUGUGAUGUUCUCGGGGGUUGUGUGUGUCUGUUAGCACAGAAGAGAACUGGCUAGUGCAAAUACACAGUGUGUGUACUUAUAGGACUUUGUCUCUUUUGCCGUAGGAUUAUUGCUGAACUGAAUGGCAUGAUGGCUCCUACUUAGACCAUUAUUCAUUCAUGAACGUAUUGAGUCUGUGUUUCAGAAAACAUGCAUUGACUACAGAGUUAAAGCUAUGCAUUCCAUUUCUGUAAGUAUUCUUGUAUUAUGUGUUCUGCUCUGUGUGAACUAAAUCAGGAGUACACAAACACUGUUAUUGCAGAAGACACUUCCUGAAUGAACAGAUUGUUCCUACAAAGCAUACCAUACUCAAAAAGGGUAGUCACGACAUUGUGCUGCUAUGAGUGGCUUUGUGCUGCCAGUCAUAGUGCCUAUGUUCAAUCCUUGAAUUUUUGAGUUUUAUACAUUUAUUCAUACAUUAAAACCAACAAUGUAAUUUAA